GUAAACAGACCAUACAGUUAACAGGGUUCAGUUAUGCAGCCGCGAAGCGUCUGUGACUGUGCUGUGUCACUGCGCGUAACCGUGACCACGUAGUGUUAGUUGUGCUUAAGCGCUGGUGCACGGAGGAAGACAGGACGAAGUACCUCUUGAACUCUGAGAGGUAACUCGUGGAUGCCUCGACACCUGCGUUGUAGUGUAUCACAUGAGGUUAAUUAUUGAAGUUGUUUGUGUAGUAGUGAUGUGUUAACAUUGUGAAUUUCUACUGUUUGGCAGUAUUGUAGUGGGGCAUCUGGAAGUCUGCCACCAGCAACUGACUUCAAAUAUAAAGUAGAGGAACAACAGAGUCUUGAGAGCCGCAGAAGUAGCAGUAGCGGCAUCAAGAAGGUGGCAGGAGAUGAGAAAAUACGUGGUCAGGAAGCAACUUCUGUUUUAACAUGGCAACCUUCAACAAUUUAACUGACCCUUUGUCCAAAUUCUGCGGCCACCCAUUUUGGAACGUCAGUACUGCUUGGGAUACAUAUGACCCAGAUUUGGGCUUGUGUCUGGAGCGGACAGUACUAGUAUGGGGGCCAUGUCUCUUCCUGUGGGUGUGUGCCCCAGCCUACAUCAUGAAACAGCGACAGACAAGUGAACCUGCCAUCCCCUCAUCACCUCUCCUGUACUUCAAAGUGGUGUUUUCACUACUAGCAGCAGCAGCAGCAGUGGCAGAGUUGUCAUUAGUGGAGAUACUGUCAGCCUCUAGCUAUGAUUUUGUAACUCCACUCACCCUCAUUCUUUCUUAUUGUUUGCAAGUAUUUUUGGUAUUGUUUGGUCGUCGGUGUGGGGAGAGAAGCAAUGGUCUGAUCUGGUUGUUCUGGCUCACUAUGGUGUUGUGUGGUGUUCCUCAACUUAAGUCAUCACUUUCAUCCACUGUUUAUAAUGAUGGCCCACUGGAGAUGACAAUAGCAUUCCUGGUUCAGUACAUUGCUGCUGUUUUGUUGUUGUCUCUAAACAGCUUUGCUGAUAAUCCUCCUAACUCUCACCUGCUCAACAAGAAUAAGGUCUACCCUUUCAACUACUCAUCGUUUUUAAGUCAAAUAACCUUCCAUUGGGCCAACGGACUUGUAUGGCUAGGGUGGAAACGAUCCCUAACCCAUGAUGACUUGUGGAACAUCCCAGCUGAGUGUGCCACUAACCUCCUGGAUACUUCAUGGAGAACAUCUUGGAGUAAAGAGCUCUCCAUUGUCAGAAGUAAGAUUUCAUCAUCAAAAAGUGAGCAAGGUGGUGGAGAGAGAGAGCCAUCAGGACCAGUGCGAGUAUCUGUCACAAGGGUCAUCAUUCGCUCCUUCUUUUGGUCUUACAUCAUCACUGCUGUUCUACAUGUUACUUCAGAAUUACUUUUAUUUUUUACUCCACGACUUUUGAGUUUGUUGAUCAGCUUUACAAUGAGUGAAAGUGAGCCAGUGUGGCAUGGCUACUUUUAUUCCAUUCUGAUGCUCCUGGUGAGCCUCCUCACCACUGUCCUCAGAACCAUCUUUGCAUACAAGGCCUGGCUCAUUGGUAUCAAAAUAAGAUCCUCACUAAUGAGUGCUGUCUACUCUAAGGCACUCACUUUGUCGUCAUCUGCCAGACAAAAUUCAACCGUGGGCGAGAUUGUCAACUUAAUGGCUGUAGACUCGCAGAGAAUGAGUGACUUUCCUUUGUUUUCCAACUUGCUCUGGUCAGGUCCUCUGAUCAUCUUAGUUGCUCUAUAUGAACUUUGGCAAAUACUUGGACCAUCAGUGUUGGCUGGCCUGGUGGUGUUGAUACUCCUGGUCCCCAUAAACAGUGUCAUCGCUAACAAAAUCAAGAUGCUCCAGGGUUCUCAUAUGAAGUUCAAGGAUAAGAGAAUCAAGUUGCUGAAUGAAAUUAUUAGUGGAAUAAAAGUACUGAAACUAUAUGCCUGGGAGGACUCUUUCAACAGUCAGGUGGAAGGUGUCAGGAGAGAUGAAAUCACAGUUCUGAGGAAGUCUGCUUUUCUCCACUCAUUUGUAACCUUCAUAUGGCUCACAACACCAUAUCUGGUUUCAUUAGCUUCAUUUGCCACAUAUUUACUGGUGUCUGAGAACAAUGUCUUGGAUGCUCAAAUGGCUUUUGUCUCCAUUGCACUUUUCAACCUGAUGCGCUUCCCCAUCACCCAGCUACCACAACUGAUCGCUAGCGGCAUUCAGGCAAAAGUUUCAUUAAGCAGGAUGGAGAAGUUCCUGGCAUCAUCAGACAUUGAUCCUCAUGCUGUAUCCACUAGUAACAAGGAGAAUGAGGCAAUUGUGGUUCGUGGAGGACAGUUCAGUUGGGGCACUGAAGGUAGAACAGAUCCAUGGCGACUGCGAGAUGUGGAUCUGGAAAUUGGUCAAGGGCAACUGGUGGCGGUGGUGGGGCCUGUGGGAGCUGGCAAAAGUUCUCUUCUCUCCUCUUUACUGGGGGAAAUAAAUAAAGAAGCUGGGCAGGUUGUUGUUAAUGGCAAAGUAGCUUAUGUUUCUCAACAAGCUUGGUUACAAAAUGCAACACUGAAGGACAAUAUCACUUGGGGUCAACCUUUAGAUGAACGACAUUACCAGAAGAUUAUUGAAGCGUGUGCCCUUCAGCAGGACCUAGACAUGCUGCCUGCUGGGGACAUGACAGAGAUAGGAGAAAAGGGCAUCAACCUCAGUGGAGGACAAAAACAACGAAUAUCUUUAGCACGAGCAGCAUAUAAUGAUGCUGAUGUCAUAUUACUGGACGACCCUCUCAGUGCUGUAGAUUCUCAUGUUGGCCGUCACAUCUUUGACAGUUUAAUUGGUCCUAAUGGAAUGAUGAAGAAGAAGACAAGAGUAUUAGUGACCCAUGCAGUGUGGCUGCUGCCACAAGUGGACUUUUUGGUGGUGAUACGUGAUGGACAGAUAGUGGAGAAGGGCACUUGGACACAGUUACUGGAGGGUGAAGGAGACUUUGCUCACUUCCUUAUUCAACACAUCACUAGAGAAAAUGAUGAUGAGGAGGACGGAAAUGAGCUGGACCAACUAUGUGAACAACUGGAAAAUACUCGUCAUGGACAGGUCCUUAUGAAACAACUGUCACACCAGAGCAACAGUUUUGAGUCUGGACGAAUUGGAGGUGUACGUAAAUGUAACAGAGACAGCAGUUGUGGAAGUGACCAACAGCUGAGAGAGAGCAGUGGAGAUGUCUUGUCUGUGACCUCAAAUCAGCGUCAACAGUCUAUUUCUUCAUCUGGCGUUGGAAGUGUACACAAGAGGCAAAGAGGAGAAUCAAUAUCCAUGAAGGACCUAAAAGCAAGCAAGGAUAAUAAUGUCAAUGAAGGGAAAGCAGGAGAAAUUCUGAUUCAGGAGGAAGCAGUAGAGACUGGCAAGGUAAAAUGGAAAGUAUAUUCGUUCUAUGCAUUAGCCAUGGGCCUUCUUCCUGCCAUAGUUCCAGCACUGCUAUAUUCUGUUGCUCAGGUGUUCCAGGCAGGCAGUAAUGUGUGGCUGUCAUACUGGACUAGCAACACCACUGCUCCCUCAACCAAUACUACUCAACAAGAUUUCAAUCGUGUGGAGUUUCUGGCUGUUUAUGGAGCCUUCGGCAUUGGCCAAUCUGUGUUGUUCUACUUUGGAUCAGUUAUGCUGUGGAUUGGCUGCAUGAGAGCAGGGAAAGACAUUCAUCAGAGACUCCUUAAGAGAGUCUUACAUCUGCCAAUGAGCUUUUUUGAUACUAAUCCAAGUGGGCGUAUCAUGAACCGCCUCAGUAAGGAUAUAGACGUCCUUGAUAGUGUGCUGCCCCUCCUUAUAUCUAACUCCUUAAUACUCUUAGCACAGGUUGUAGCAACACUGAUUGUGAUUGUGGUAUCGACCCCAUUGGUUGCCAUAGUCAUUGGUCCUAUUAUGGUGCUCUACUACUUCAUCCUGAUUGUCUACAUAUCCACCACAAGGCAGCUCAAGCGCAUAGAAUCUGUAACCAAGUCUCCUGUUUUCUCACACUUUGGAGAGAGUGUCCAAGGCGUAUCAACUAUUCGGGCAUUUAAAAAGGAAAAAGAUUUCAUCCGCACAUCCCACAUGAAGAUCGACUAUUCUGUGCAAGCCUUUGUUACCAACCUUGCCUGUAACAGGUGGUUAGGAGUGCGGCUGGAAGUUAUUGGAAACCUCAUCACCUUUGCUGCUGCCGUCUUUGCUGUGGCUGGACGAGGUUCAGUCAGCUCAGGCAUUGUUGGUUUGUCCAUAACUUAUGCCCUUAAUGUUACAGUAAUUCUCAACUUCUUGGUGAGGAUGAGCUCAGAAAUAGAGGCAAACAUUGUGUCUGUGGAGAGGAUCAAGGAAUACAUUGAGGAGAAGCUGGAAUCUCCUUGGAAUGUCAAAGAACAUUCACCAUCAAAGUCGUGGCCGGAGAAUGGGAGUCUGACUUUCAACAAUUACCAAACACGCUACCGUCCUGGCCUGGAGCUGGUGUUGAAAGGUAUCUCUUGUACCAUCAAUCCGGGGGAAAAGGUUGGCAUUGUAGGGAGGACAGGAGCUGGCAAGUCAUCCCUAACACUUGCUUUGUUUAGAAUUAUUGAGGCUGAUGGUGGUACUAUUGAAAUUGAUGGCAUCAACAUUUCCAAGCUUGGUCUCCAUGAUUUAAGAAGCUGCCUCAGCAUUAUACCACAGGAUCCUGUUUUGUUUAGUGGAACAUUGCGCACCAAUCUGGAUCCUUUUGAUAUUUAUGAUGAUGCCACCAUUUGGCAUGCACUCGAGUUGGCCCACCUUAGCUGUUAUGUGCGUGCCCAGCCUCUCGGUCUUCAAAGUAAUGUGGAUGAAGGCGGCUCCAACCUUAGUGUUGGGCAGCAACAGUUGGUCAGCUUAGCUCGGGCACUUCUUCGCAAAUCUCGGAUUCUGGUGUUGGAUGAAGCAACUGCAGCCAUCGACUUGGAGACUGAUGACCUUAUUCAGGCCACAAUCCGAUCCAAGUUUGCUGACUGUACUGUCCUCACAAUUGCCCACCGGCUCAACACCAUCAUGGAUUGUGAUAGGGUGAUGGUAAUGGACAAAGGCAACAUAGCAGAGUUCAACACACCAGCUACACUCGUGGCCAAGAAAGACUCCAUCUUCUAUGGCAUGGCAAAGGAUGCUGGCCUUGUUUAGAUAUUACUCAUUAUUAUACACCAAAAAUAAUUACAACUGAGCUUAUACUGAUGACAAGAACAGCAUAUUUGGCAUAGUCCAGAAAUAACUUGAUUUCCAUUUAAUACAGUACUAAAUAAGUUCACACUAUCUUCUCACAUUCUAAAAAGAAAGUUGACAUCCAUUUAGAAUCACCAUUGUUACUUCCGUCCCAUUUAUCUGGGAUGGACCAUGUUUAUAAAGACUCGUCAUAGUUACUGACAGCUUACACACCUAAUUCUGAAUUGACUGAGGCACUUUAAAUGAGGACCAGAAUAUUCCUAAACCUUAUGUUCCUAAGAGACCCAAUGCCAACACUACACCACUGAUUAAUGAUUCUGGUUAUUACAGUAAUACCCCAAUUUACGCGGUCAAUUGAACCCGCGGAGGUCCGCAUAAAACAAGAAACGAGUAAAUGGAAUAACAGAACAUAUGGGAUUAAUUGAAAUAGAGACUGGGCCGACUUCCAAACUCCACUUUUUCGGACACAAACCGACACAAUACCUAUGUUGUAGUAAAAAUAACA